CGUCACUUGGUAUGGCCUCCUUCUCUAUUGCUUGCACAAUGAAUCAUGGACUUGAGCCGACGCCAACGCGUCACCAAGUCUGUUCUUUAUCUUUUUUGUCACAUGACAAGCGCAUUACACUUGCGCUAGUCUUGAUCUGAGAUCCACACUGCCCUCUACAUUCGGUUUUCUUUCCGCCUGGGUACCUGCAUCUCACCGCAGCAAUCCUUCUCAGCCAAGUAAACCGUCAUGCCGGCGGACAACAGCAUAACCGUCAAAAGAUACGAAGAAAACACCUUCCGCGGCGUUAUUCAUCACGAUAUCCUUGCCCGUCAUUGUAUCCUCGACAAUGGCCAUCAUGCUCUCGGACUCGACUACACCACCGCGCCCGAUCUAGGCUCACUUUCUCAACUCCCAGUCGAGUUGCAGCAGCAGAUUAUCUUGCAAAUGGGUAUUGCUGCUGUGUUGGCGUGGAGGGGAGUCAACAAAAGGGCAACGGACCUGGUCUCUAAUAUGAACGAGUGGAAAGAGAUCAUCGCAGUCGCUCCGAAUGCCCUGAGAAUGGCCAUCGGCCUCCGUUCACAGUCUACAUCCAGCCUCGCCGACCUUCAUACCGCCCUCCACCGCCGUACCUACGAUAUCUUACACUGUACCUCCGGUACCAUGCAGUACAUCGAUUUGAAGACUCUUAAACGUCUCUGCCGCAAAAGGUUCCCGUACCACGCAGGUGAUAUAAAAUUCGAAAUUGAACUUGCAUUGGGCUAUAUCGUGGAGCUUUACAUGCCUGAGUUGUUGGGUGGGGCGACCAGUCAUGCAAUAGAGAGAAGAGAAGCCGUAGAGAAAGAUGAUAGGCCAUUCAAGGUAGCUGUUGCUGAGCGCAGGGCCUUCGUUUAUGUGGGCGCACUGUAAGAUAGAUGGAGUGUUGCAGCAACGAAGAGACAAGGAAUCAGCGAUGGAGAUUUGGAUAGGAAGUGGGCUGAUGGGUCGGCUUGGGAGUAAAAAGCGUCACUAGGAGAUGACCGAAGCUGUGUUGCCUUUUGCUGUAUACACACCAUUAAAUGUCAACGACCAAUCAGUAUCGAC